AUGACGUACUUAGAUGUUUAUUCCCUUCACAUCGACAUUGAACUUGACAAGAAAAUUCAGGUCGGCAAGGCAAAGAAGGUGUAAUAUUCAAAUUCGCAAAAACAGGUGUCUUCAAAGAAAAGCAAAUAUUUAUGCUUAUACGUGACUGGCUGUCAGAGAGGAAGAGCCGAUUUUUUCCGCAAAAUAUCAGCUCGUUGUAUUAACGCGCUUCGAUCUAGUUCUCUAAUUAAAGCAUUAAUCUUUUAAAAUUUCCUUACCAAUGGGGUAAAAACCUGUUAUGUUUAUAUCAAACAACGCUUUUCUUCAUUAUGAGAAUGAAACUGAAUUUCCCUUGCUUUUACUUACCAAGAAAUUAUCAUUUAUGCAAGAUUGAUAUCAGACCUUACUAUCAAAUGAAAACGCUGUAGAAAUAGUUAGGGACAAAAUAAACUCAAAUAGAUAAAAUUGUCAUGCACGCCAGUCUUUUAAGCUCACGUAUCGCGUGCUAGCCAAUCAGCGCAUUUCGUGCGCGGACCUCGUUGCACGGGCUUUUAACUGGUUUUCGUAUUUCCAUAUACCAAUGUCGAAACAAUAUGAAGCUUUUGAGCACGUUUUAUAAGCCACAGGCGGUCUAGUAAAAGAGUGCAUACGUAAAAAGGGCUUGAUAAGUUUAAACUAGGUCAGGAGAGCAACUGUGGAAAAGCAAUAUGGAGUUAAUUUUGGCGUUUUCGCUUGGACCGGUGAAAGAAAUCUAUUGGGCCGUAUGUACCGGUGAGUGAUAACUGGAAAAGCACCAAGAAAAAUCAAUCUUAAUCUCUGACCGGAUAAAUUUGUUUAAUGGAAUAACUAACUAAGAACAACUCUUGAUCUCUGAAUUCGGUUUUUAGUCGUGUAUUCGGGUAGAAGGCAAAAUACACUUUUGUUCUUCCAUCUAGACUCAAAAGUGCUUGCAACUGGUUUAUAGACUCGUCUGAAGAAGGACUUAAAAAUCCCAAUAUUUCUUUUUUAUAUCAAACUUUAUUCUGUAACGCUCCCAGUUUAAAUAAUUCCUACAAAAAGAGAAAUCAACGGAAACCGCGCUGGAAAAGUCUCUGGCACCCAGGGUAGGUUAUUGAAAACAACAUGCAAAAAUCGCUUUUGAGUUUACAUAAGCAAUCCUUAGUUCUUGGAUACCCUGACAGUAAACUAAAGCGGUUUUUAACGAUGUAUGAAGUAUGUUUUAUAGAUUUUACCGCCUACAUUUCCAAACCUCAACUAAGGUGCUAACAAAUUAGGUACCUUGAAAAAUUAAUAGGAAUCUUCAAAUUUUAAAGCAAUAAAAACAUAGUGAGCCUAGAAUUUAACAUGCAUAUUAUUUUACUGUAAAUAUUGAAGUUUCGUUUUAACCCAUGCUUCUCAUUUUAAUGCCCCUCUAUUAGUUUAACACUAAAAGGCCUAAAAAUAGUCCUAAAAUAUCAUAGUUAUUGCUUUAUUUUCAGCUAAAAAAACGUGCGUGUUAAUACUGAAUUUUAAUCAGAACACACGAGAUUGUUUUGUAUUUACGCUCUAUUUUCAGUCUUGUUUUGCGUUUUCCUCAAGAAUAUUCAACUUUUAUCUCUUCGGGUUGUAUUACCUUAUCUUUUAAAUUACAACCGUUGAUGAUAGCUAAACGUAACGUUCAUUUCGUAGUGUGCGUACUCCUUUUCGGUAGAAUGUUAAAUAGAUACUUUAAUUCAAUAUCUGUCCUAAAAAUUCUAAAAGCCUAAUUUUUAACUGCGUUUGUUAUCUUUGUCAAAGAAAGCCGGCGAUUACUAAAUGGAUAACUUUUCGUCCACUUUUAGAAUACCAUGUCGGCUUAAAAUGGCAUCUUGUUUUUUCCUGGCUGUUCCAAUCCUAUUACUUAAAAAAUCGGUUUAUGUUCAAUUGAGCAUUUUGCCGGCUUCGUUACGAAGAAAAACGUAAAUGAUGAUCCUAACAGACCUUUUUAUAGCCCAAGGCAAAUAACAUUGGAAAGUUGAAGCAAAAUAAAUUAUUCGGCCCCAGCUCGGUCUGUUUUUUCUUCAUCGAAAAUUUCACAAUUUUUAAAACUCGAAGGAGAAAAAUAUGAAAAAGGAAUGUAUGGAAAAGAUGUCACUAAUUGUGCGUAUUUCCUAAUAGUCAUUUUACAAUCAGGAUAGUUCUUCAGUUUCAUUAAAAACAUCCGACGAAAAAGCCCUGAACAAAUGAAAUUUGGUCAAGUCCAUUUGCGACAGUAAUCACAUAAGCUUUUUAGGGGGUUCCCUGUUUGUACCAGUUUUUAAUUGAGCAGAAAAGCGAGAAAGUGAUUAAAUGUUGAGAAGUUUAAUAUGUAGAAUGGCUGCACAGGUAGUGAAAGAUUAGUUUAAAUCAAUCUACUACAGCUGUUGAUGGCCUGUGGUAAUUGUAUCCUUACAGGGACCCUUAAAUUAAGGGAAGUUUGAGUGGGGUCGUACUACGGAGGCCUUCUAACUCUGACUCUGAGCUGUUUAAGCAAGAUACCAUGACGGGUUAGGGUUUAAGACAAUAACCUUUCAUGCAUGUCGCCGCUCUGUUUAAGACAAGAGACCGUUAGGGUCCUCGAGUGCAGCCCAAAUAUAAAAUCCUCUUCGAGAUGUACUGUCCAGAAAGACACCCUUUUCAAGACGCUAGAGGUUAUCUUUAGUCAUCCUUUAUUAUUAUUAUUAUUAUUAUUAUUAUUCUGUUUUUGGUCUUCUUCGUCCCCCUUUUACUCCUGGUCCUCUUUUUUCCUCUUUCCUACUGAUCUUCCUGGUUCCUUUAAUUCAAUCUCAUUUUCAGCUUCUCUUCUCCCUGGCAAGGACUUGUCUCUCGUCCUGUUCUUUUCUGUCAGUCCUCUUUUUUAUUGGCCCACUACUUCUUGUGGUUUUACCGAUCGAGGACCUCCUGUUUUCGUUUCUUUUUUUUUUUUUCGGUCUAGUUCUCUUUCGGUCCCCGCGAGUUCUGUACUUUCUUGUCAGGCAGAGAUUGCCUUGUCCCUAGGCCUUAUCAGUUGCCCGCAGCUGAUGCGUUUCAAGUCACGUGGUCCGAGCGUCCUGGCCGUUUGUUUCGGAUACGUCACCGAAAUGCAUUGUUCGAGAAGGCCUCGGAAGACGUCGUAGAGGGACGGGGCAAAGACAGAGAUAGGAAAAACAACGCAACGUCAAAUGAGCACGCCAAAAAUCGCGGAAAGGACUGAACGCAACUUCCGGUACCUGCGCACUUCGUCGGUCGUCACAAGGGAGGUUUAGCAGUGUCACUCUUAAAAGGACAUCACGUUGUUUUCAAACUUUGUUGCGAAUAUUCCAACUCACUUAAAAUGUCACAUGUAGGUGAAUUUCCCUGAAACUGAAUUCUAAGGGACCAAACCCAAGAUUAAAAGAAGCAGAAAGAGAAAUUUGUCGUCGAGUGUUUACCUCCUCAAUAAAACGUCGCAUACGGGAAUUUCACUUUGUAGUCGUGCAGGGAAGGCAAAGAAAUGUACAAAAAGUCUGCUGCACGUGCAAAGCUAUUGUUUUGCUGAUCAAACUUAUUGCUCUUUUGACGUUCUCGGCGCCGUCAUUGUUGCUAAAGCUCCCUAUUGUCUUAGCAUGUUCCAGGCGCUCAGAGACUGGGGAAGGCGCAAAGCAAAGCGCAUUUCGCGCCAAUCUCCACCAUCUGAACGCCUGGAACAUGCUGACGUUGUCCUUGCCCCAAACCUUCCCACUGCCUUGAGAUCAGCCUCGUCCUAAGGCCUUUUCCCUUAGAAAAGGGGAGGGGAAAGCCCUGGAGACGAGAUUGUCCUAAGAUGUGCUCCAGUAAUUUCUCCAGUAAUUUUCAUGUUUCUGUCGAUUUUCUUCUUCCCCCAGUUGCUAGAACUAUCUAUCUGGAGAGAAAAAUGGCUAAUGACAAAAAACUCAAAAUUCAAGAAUACAUUUUCGUGAUGACAUACCUACCACCACCCAAGUAAAUACUCUGCACAUUGAAACAUCGUGUUUCUCUACGAAUUUUCUGAGACAAUGCUUUUAAUAUAUGGAAUUAUCGAAAAAAUGACACAUACGAUCUUUUUUGUUUACAUUUAAGGGGAGAUAGUUUAAAUUCCAAACCUAUAUUUAAAGCGUUGAAUCUCAAGUACUUCAAAUUUGUUUCUUGUCGCUUUAUAAGAGCUACCACAAAAACUCUUCUAAUUGGUCUUGUAAUAUCACCGGGGAAACCAGAAUCUUAACAAAACGUUUUGCUAUCGUGAAUAUAAGUUGACGCAACGUAUUCCGGUUAUUUUAUGAUAACAAUUUUUUCGCAUGGCUACAAUUAAGGCAGUCAAUCGACGACGAAGUCAUCGUGUCGCUGUGUAACAACGAAUUACAUGGAAAAUCAAUUCGUAAAUCCAGUUUAACCUUGUCAGGAAUACUACGACCACGAAGUGAGCAAUAUUGAAUGUGUAUUCUUGAAAUACUAUUCCUCCGACGAAUAAGUCUUAGAAAGCUAAGAACUCAAGGUAAGCAGCGGUUUUAGGCUGAUAUUUAUGCCAUGUAAACAAUUUAUUGAUGUUCCAGUUCUCUGAAAUCCUCUUUGCGUAUUGGUGGGCAUUGGGGUUUAUCAUAAAUUACGGGCACGUGUAGUUAAACUCCAUGAUGAAAACAUGAAUUAUCGCGGCUUAAAGCUCCAGCAGCGACUUACAGUUGUGUAAUUUAAUUGUUUCGUACAAACAGCCUGUCAAGCCGUCGGUGAAAAUUAUUUCAUUGUUUGAUUAACUUCUGUCUACAGUAUUUAAAUGAGUUCGACCUUUAAUUUCGAAGGAAAACACUCGUCAAAUCGUGACUUAUUUAAUCCGCAUAAUUGACAGUAGAUAAGAGAUUAUGGAAAUUUCUUUUCUCUUUCAGAGAAAAGACUUGAAACAUUUCUUAUCUGGACGAACAAGGAGAACUUGCCAGAGAGAAUACAGUAUAACUUUGCGAACAGUUAGAUUGGGUCUAGAUAGUUACUGCAGUCUAGCUGAAUAUCAAAGUUCUAAAAGUUUGCGAAUGAUGACUUCAGAGUAACUUGGUAUUCAAUUUGUCGAAUUUGCAGUGUAUCAUGGUUUUCUUCAGUUGUUUUUCCUGGUCAAAUUACUUCAGUUCUCACGUGAACUGAAGUAGUUUCCGCCUUUAUUACGUAUGAGAAAUGAUAUCUACGCAUGUAUGUAGGAGACUUGCGUCAACACACGACCAUACGUAUAUAUUUUCUGCAAAAACAGGCAAGCUGCAAACAGAAAAAUCAAGUGAACGGCGCAGUUUAUUUACUAAGGUGUUUCUUCAAAGUUCAGUUUUAAGCGGUCGAUGGCCGUAUGGCUGUGAAUAAAAUCAGAUUUGAAAACCAACGCGCUUAUCCGACUGCAUUUAUCCCACUUCCGUGGGCGGUCAUAUUACACUAAAUAUCAAACAAGGAAAGUUUUACUUGAAAAGCAAACUUAUAAACCAGCCAAUGAAAGCACUGCUGGAAUUACAGAAUGUCAUCUGGUCACGCUUAAAAUUCCGCAAAAAUUAAAAGGAAUUAAUCUUCGUAGCUGUUAGAACCACCUUGUGUAGCAUAUAAGAAACAGUAUUCAUCAGAAAAGUACUACUGUUCGGUAGCUUUAAUUUGGUGAAAGUUCACAAUUUGGAUUUCAUGCACAGAUCUAAAGCCUAUAGAACCACUUAGUGCCCCAAGAUUAAACUCAACGAAAAAAAAGUAAGUCUGUGAAAAUGCCGUAACAUACAUGUAUGCAUGCAGCUAACUGUUCCAGGCUUUCGGCUUUUGUGUUGCAUUAAUAUUUUGAAAAAAAAAUCGUUUUACAUCAGUCUGUUCGUUCUUUGUCGGUCCAAGACAAUUUAAUUCGUCGAUAAAUUUUUGUAGAUAAAACUGCCAUGAAGCUACUAAUUUUUGACGGUGUAGGAGGAGUGAAAAGUCAACAGCAAGGAAUGGAGAACUUGGUCACGGGGUACAAAAUUCACUUAUGCCGUUUGUCGUAAACGUGAUUUUAGAUCUCUCUAUUUUUUUUAGCAAAAAAAACGUGACUACGGCGCGCGCAGAAACUCAAAUCCUAAUUGACCUAUAUUGAGAACGGAACUGUCGAGUUUAUGUGUCUUAGCAAAAGCUGUCUAAUGUCUCCAAAGGAACGCCUUCCUAUCUUCGGCAAGAAAAUGUGUACGUGAAGAUAGGCGUUCGUGUGCGCGCGCAUUUCGGUUUUUCUAAUCUUCACGUCAAAACCACGUCGGCGACGUCACAAACGCAAGACACAAAAGUUUGUUUUUGACUUCGAAAAAGGACGACUGCUCGUCUAGCGGGGAAAAGUACAUUUUUACGUUAAAUCAUCUUAGAUAUGGGGAACUGUCAAUCUCGAUUAUGUACAAAUGUUGACAGCUUGGACGACGAUGAUGAAAAUAUCAAGGCGUACCGUUCCGCAAACUGUUUUCGGCAAGGAAAGAAAAAUAAUUUUUGUAAAGCAAUUGUGGUGAAGUCGCCGCAGUUCAGUCCAAAAAGGCAAAUAGAAGAAAUGCAGAAAAGUUCAAGUAUUGAUCGAUCUGAGCUCUGUAUGCGAGGUGAAGGUAUUCAACAAAGUGAAAGGGAAAUUGAGAUUGUGAAUGAAUACAAAGGAGAUUCUAUGCCUAUUUCUAAAACGAAGAAACAACGCGCCAAGCGCAACAGGCGUGGAAAGAAACAGAGGCAGUCGCGCGGUGAAGAAGAUACCAGUCAGGCAAUGGAAAAGAAUUGUAAGCAGGGAGAUUCUCUGAUACAAGACGAAUGCGUAGCAGCCAGUCAAAAUGAUACCAAGCGUAGACUCUGCGCACUGCUGUCCCCAUCAGCAUGGAAACAGUUGUACCAAAAGGUUACCAAACGGCGCUCGGGCACGGAAACUGGUGAUAGCGAAAAUUUGGGCGAGGCAGCGGACGAGAGGAUUCCUCCCGAUUCCGGUGAAACGUCUACAUCUCACGGGCUAAGAUCCCUUAGUGGUAAACUGCUUUGUCUUGAGCACGGCAAUAAAAGCUUAGAUUACAGCGAUAGUGAUAUCAGUACUGAGUUUCCCAUCGAGAAACGCUUGGCGAGAUGUCGCAAACACUGCGAGCGGACGAGGAAACAUUUCGAGCGUGCGAUGAAUUUACCGCGUACCACGUUACCGUUAGACAGGCCCCGGUCGCCUUCUUUAAACUUCAGCGACAUUGAUUUGGAUUCUUUGAGUAGUGGUGAGAUAGUCGGAUUUCAAACCGACGCCUUUCAUGCCCAUGAAACGGCAAGCGACACUGGCAGCGAAUCGAGCGUAAUGCAAAGAAUUAGUGAUCACCUGGAACGUUAUCGAUUAGAGCUAGGACUGUCUUCUUCACCGAUAAGCGGCGUACUUGGUGAUUCUACAAGUGAAUCUGAAAGUGACUCCAACCGAGUUUUAGGACUACGAGAGGAAGUCGAAGAAUAUCGCCGAUGGCUGGAUCUAAGAAGCCCGAUAAAUUCCGGUUCAACCACUCCACCUACGCCGGUAGAGAAUCUAUUGGACUUCUACGACUAUGAUUCCUCUAGCUGGGUUUCUGAAAGCAGCGACCCCGCCCCUGAUAGAAUGCAGAGGCCGGUGCGCGUGCGCAGAGACAGAGACUCUAUUGAGGGAUCGGUUCCCUGUAGUGACGACGAUAAUGAAGAGGAAGUUUAUGAAGGCAGUUCCUGGAAUCCUACAACAAGAUCAUGGAAUUCCUUAUCAAGAACCGGAGCCGGUAAUGCAAGACACGGCGGUCUAGCCUCAAGGCUUUUGGACCAGGCUUCCCGUUUCUGGAAUCCAGGCGCAAGAACCUCAACUCUUUCUGGGACAACAAGUCCACAAAGUCAGAGGAGAUAUGUCUUCAGAGAACUUUUUCGCAGAGCCAGGAGAAACUCUGGUGCUGUCAGCCCCAUACUUCAGUCUCCCGGGGAGUCACCAAGGGGAGAUUUCUCCCAUGGACUGCAAGGAAAGCCGAAUCAGAAAAACUCUAUAGGAAAACUCGGGAAAAGUAACCAAGUCUUGAUUCAACAGUGCGAGCCAGACCAGUGCCAGUUUAAAUUCACCCUUAGAGCGAGUAACGAUGCACAGAACAACACGGAGGAGUUAGAAAUGGGCAUAGACGUAAGAUCCGCCAGCUCAAGCUCUCAAGCAUCGAGUGACAAUGUCGACUCACCCCUUGCCGAUCUCGGCAGGGAGUGA